GUUAAAGGGGCGCGCCCGCGGGUCGUGGACCGUCCGGCUGCCCCCGCCUCCUUCCGUCCGAGUGGCCCUCUCCCGCGGCUGCGCCAGCCGGGCCGCCCCGGAGACAAAGCGCCGCCGCCGCCGCCGCCGCCGCCACCGAGGAUCCCGGGCCAUGGCCGGGCCUCCCCCCGGCCCCGCGCCUCCCGUCCCGCUGCGGCCGCCGCCGCCCUAGGCUGCACUGCGAGGGAACUCAGCUGCCGGGGCCGAGCUUGGCCGACGACUCCCGCCCCAUAAGGGACCUCCGCCAGGUGGAACUCUGGCUCCCACGUUCUGCGGUGAACCACCUCUUCUGGGGCUCUGGCUGUCCUUUAAGGAACACACCAGACACAAAGAAAGGGACCGAGGGCAGCCAGGAGCAGCGCCAGACCUGGAGAACCAGCCAAAGCAAUGGGCAGCGGGGCUGCCUCGAGCCUGGGGCGGGGGUCCUGGCGUCCCUGUGGCCCGUGCUGGAGAGGCGCUCUUCUUCGGGGUUCUCAGCACGUUUUUCUGCCUGUACCUGUCACGCCCUCUCCCCCAUGCUCACUGUUGGGGACACUUGUGGCAGCUGGAUUCAAUCUCAGCACCUGCGGUCUGGCUUCUUGAAUUGAAUGUCAAAAUGUCGUGCCUCAGUUUCUCCAGAGUCCUGGGUUCUGGGCCAGCUGUGUCCCUGGAGACCUUGAGCUAAUUAUUUGCCUUCCGGACAGCUUCUUGCCUGAGCGCUCAGUACCUGGUAAACAUUUUGCAGAAUGGCUCCUCAGGAUUUAUUCAGUCCUUCCCAGAGGGAUGGAUAUUAACAUUCUCAUUUUAUAGAUGAGGCUCACCCCGACUCAGAGCGGCUGUGCUUUUGGUGCCUUUCCCACAGUUUGUCAGUGGGUUUUCCUCAUUCUAGCCCAUCGAACCCAUGCCACAGCCCGUUUGACAGAUGAGGAAACAGACUGGGAAAGGUGAAGUGACAUUCUUUAGGUGGAGGGGAGAACUUGGCCCUGGGGCCAGAGAGAGGCCAGGCUCCCUCCAGCUUCCUGCCCCGCCAAAGGCUGUUGAAUCAACAGCAGUACCCGUAGUGGACUAUGAACUUCUUGGAAAACAGCAUGAGUGUGAGGAGAUAAGUGGGUGACCAGGCCCUCCCAGAGGCUGGAGCCCACACCCCUGCUGCUUCCUGCCCUCCCCCCUUUUUUCUUUGCUGGGCUGGAGGAGGCAAGGGCCAUGGGCAGAGUGGGGUUCUGUGCUGGCCAGUGACCCUGGGCCAGGUUGGCCCCAUUUGGGCAGUAGCGGGAGGAUGGCUGCUGAGCCAAGAGGGAAAUUGCUCUUCCUUGGGCCUUAAUGCGGUGGGGACAUCCCAGGAUCAGCCCCUUUGUGCUGAUGGCCUGGAGCGUGUGACUCUGGGCACAGCAUUGUGCCUUUGGGGAAGUUACUUAACCUCUCUCUCUCCGUUUUCCACAUCUAUGAAUGCAGGUGGAUGAACAGAUCCCUUCUUACGGGGCUGUUGAGAGAUUUCAGAAGAUAAUUGUCUGAUUCAUUCUACAGGUAUUUGAGCACCAACUACAUGCCGGGCACUGGAAUUCAGGCCAAAAACCCCUGCCCUCCUAGAGUAGGCAAAGAUGACCCAGGUAAUUUCACACUGGGGCGUAGGAGAGUGACUGGGUGAAGGGUGUCUCUUGCAUACAGGGUGGUCAGGGACUGCUUCCCUAAUGGUCAAGCUGAAACUGAAGGAUGAGAAGUCAGCCAUGUGAAGAAGAAAGGAGAAGGGCAUUCCAGGUAAAGGAACAGCCAGGGCAAAGGCUGUGGUGUGUUUGAGGAAUAGCAAGGAGGCCAGGCUGGCUGGAGCUGGAGGAAAGAAGUAGGAGAUGGGCACUUGGAAGCCAUGGGGAGGACUGAAUUUAAUACUGGGAUGGGUAGGGAGUCAUGGGAGUGUUUAGACUAGAGGAGGGGUGUGGCUGGACUUAUCUUAACAGGAUCCCUCUGUGGGGAAUGGAUUAUAGUGGGGCCAGGGGAGGGGCCAAAGAGGGAGUUUGGCUUUUACCCUGAAGAACUGGGACAGGGAAGGGGCAAGGGUGGAGGCAGACAAUGAAGAGGCUACUGCAGUUGUCAAGGCGAGUGACAACAGGGACUGAGGAUGGGGAGGUGCUAGGGGGCAGAGAUAUUAGGCCCCUGAUUUGGAAGAGGUUGGGAUGGGGGGCGGCAAUCAGCUGGGCUUGAUGAGUGCAGAGUGGGAGUGGGGGGAGAAGGCGAAGCCAUUUGCUGCAACAGAGAGUGCUGAGGGGAGAGUUUGGCGAGGCUGAGAAGAAUGUCAACACUAGCACUGCUGAGUGUGUACUGUGUGUCCAGUACCAUGCUCAGCACCUCCUGCAGAGUCACUGUCACAUCGCAACAUCCUGACUUAGGGUUGUCAUGAUCCCAUUUUACAGAUGUGGAAACAGAGGCCCAGAGAAGCUUAAAGCUUGCCCAAGGUCCCACGACCUGGACACUACAGAGCUGACAUUUGAGCCCAGAGAAGAGCAAGCCGACACCAGACUGGGCAGGGAGGCAAGCGGAGGCCUGCGAGGCCCCGGCGCGGCCGCCAUGAAGCUGAACGAGCGCAGCCUGGCCUUCUACGCCACGUGCGACGCCCCGGUGGACAACGCGGGCUUCCUGUACAAGAAGGGCGGCCGGCACGCGGCCUACCACCGCCGCUGGUUCGUGCUGCGCGGCAACAUGCUCUUCUACUUCGAGGAGCCGGCCAGCCGCGAGCCGGUGGGCGUCAUCAUCCUGGAGGGCUGCACCGUGGAGCUGGUGGAGGCCGCCGAGGAGUUCGCCUUCGCCGUGCGCUUCGCGGGGGCCCGGGCGCGCACCUACGUGCUGGCCGCCGAGAGCCAGGCCGCCAUGGAGGGCUGGGUGAAGGCGCUGUCGCGGGCCAGCUUCGACUACCUGGNCCGCCCCGCGGGCGCCAAAGCUGCAGCCUCGCGGCCCGGCCCCGCGCCGCCCCUGCCUCCCCGGCGGAUUCCGCUGCCCAACGGGCCUCUCUACGCCGGCUCCUUUGCCCAGCUGCACGAGUGGUAUGGGCAGGAGGUGAGGGCGCUGAGGAGCCAGUGGCUCAGGAGCCGGGCCCAGCCCUGAAGAGAUGAGCGGGGCGGGCCAGCCCUGAGGUCGCCCGACACGCCCUGCCCUGGGAGACCAGGGGGGAAAUGGGCCUGAGGGAAGUCGGGGUGGCCUGGUUCCCGGGCCCGGCUCUGAGAAGAUGCUGGGUUCUGAGGGGUGCUUUAGGACUUGUGGGACUCAGAGGGGGCCAUGGGCCCGAUUCUAAGGAGCCUGCAGGGCCUCGGUGAGCCUCAAGAAGCCAGAGGCCUGGUAUCCGGGGAACUCUGGCCCCCCGCCCUGCUGGAGUCACCCAGCUAAGGUCUGUUGCUGGUAACAGACCCCCGCUGGGAUGACUGGGCCACGUGAGGAUCUGAUGCCUGGAAGGCGAUGCCGGGUCAGCCCUGGCCCUGGCGGCUCGGACUGGACCUGGACGUGGGCAGAGACAGAGAAGCCUUGGCCGAGCUGCACCACACCUGGGUUUGACCUCCUUUUGCUCCAGGGCCUGGCUCCAGGCUACCUGCCUGUCCCCAGAAGCAGGUGCAGAAGGCAGCGCAGGCGCGGGUUUCAAAGCGUGACCCGUGUGGUGAGGCGGCCUGGUCCCAAGGGCUCUUCUUGGCUUGGAGUGGGGCUGAGGCACGACUUUGCCCUGGGCCUCAGCCAGGCCUUGAGAAGGUACUCCUGGCACAGUAGCGGCCCUCUGAUCUGGGCCAGUCUGUGUCCCUGUGGUGGUUCUCACAUGCCCUCCCCACACUCCUUAACCACAUACUUUAGUCUCCUUCUGGAGCGGGUCUUCUGCCGCAGCCUGGGCUGGGGCCUCUUAGGAGCUUGGCUGACCUUGUCCAGUCCUGAGCUGGGCAGCUGUGGCCUGAGCUGGCUUUCUAGCUGGGUUCCCCAGGAAUGGGUGACCGUGCGCUGACUCACCACCCAGAAAGGGCCUGGGUGCUGAUCUGGUACUGCAAAGAAACAGCUGCCAAGCUUUGUUUGGCUUCUGGAAGCCCCUCACUCCAUCACAGUCCCAGCCCAUCCCCACCCCCAGUAUUCUGAUGGGGAGACCAGGUCUUGCUUUGCUUCGAGGCCGACUGCUGUUUUACUGUACUCACCACAGUGGCCAUUCUUCAUCCAGGGAGAAUCUCAGGGGGCUGGGACACCCCCGGCCCUCAAGCUGGGUUAUGUUUACAGUUCUCAGUGCCCCACACUGGGGACCACCUGAGGACACAUAUGCCCCAUCCUCUAUUUCCCCAGAGGGUCUCUCUUGGUGACAGUGGGACUUGGUCCUAAGGCCCCUUCUGCUGUCUUUGGAGACCCUGGGGCUCGGGGAAGAAUGCGGAGUGUCUGUGUGUCUGCAAUCACCACCAGCUCACUGCUGGCUCAGUUGACUGGGGCUUCAGUUUUAAUUUAAUUUUUAAUACUUAGGGUGUUUUUCCCCCUAGCAACAGAGCUUGGUGUUUUCACUGCUUUUGUUUCUUGUUAGCUGGUGGGAGGGGAUGAGGUGCCCCAGCUUUGGGCUUGGCUGAAUGGGGGGGGGGUAUAGUUGGCACUGCCCCCAGGGAGGGGGUCAGGAGCCUUGGCUGGACACAAAGGCACCUCAAAAAUCUCACCUUGUUCUCUACCUUCUUCCCAGCAAGUCCUGUUCUCCUGAUAGGUGCCUCUGGGGUCUUCGAACGCUUCCCAUCCCCCUCCUUUCCAAGUCCUGAGUGGAGGGGGUGGGGAUAGCUGCUCUUGUCCAUAGGCCCUGGGUCUCCAGGGAUAUUAGGAUCUGCCCAGAGCCCAUGUCCUGGCCAGACCCAGCUGGCAGGGCGAGGUGUCGGUCCCCAUCCUGGUGCAGGUUUACAAGCUCUAUAAAGGUACAGUGCCUACCACUGCCCCCCUUCUCCACCCCCGAAAAAGCACAAGAUGGGGUCAGGCUGCCUCCAGAGUUGGGUGGGGACAGAGAUAUCUGGCAGCCUGGGAGGGGGAUGUAAAGGCUAAAAUAAAAAAUUUGUCAAGUGAUGGCUGAUUGUGUCAUUU